UCUCCCUCUGCUGUUGAUUAUCAUACCUUAGUCUGACGAACAUGAGGGAAUAGAGGGACUAUACACACCCCAUUCAUGAUACACACCUUGUUUACUUGGUCUGCCCAAACACACCAUACCAUCUGUAUAACCAGCCACUUGGCCAUACACCAACGGCCACCAACGAAGCAGCCACAUUCUUGGCAGCAGCGCCGGUUGGCGGCAGUAUAUCCCAUAGGCCAUCAUCAAAUCCUAAAUCCUGCAAAUUUCUUUCUUGAUCUGGGCUCGGCCGCAUCUCUUGGCCUGAGGCUGCUACCCAACGGUGAACACUAUGCCCUCUUUGGAGACUCUGCAUCCUAGAGUCUUGCGGGGUAUAUAAGAAAUACACUGGGUACGAGUGAGUGUGCUGCUGAUCAAUAUCAUUAUUCCAAGUUUCUAGUUAUUACUACCUAGGGUGCUUUUAGGUAAUUACAAACAAGUUAUCUAUCCAAAGGUUUGAUCGGAUGUCCAGCAGUAUAGAAGAACCACCACGUGCGCAUGAUAAAAGCUACUUGUUCAAAGCACCCAUGCCACUUUU